CUUCCGGGCGGGCCGCGUGGCGUCACCGGCUGUCGGCAUGGCGGUCUUCUCUGGCCCUGCCAAGCCGCUCCUGUCCCUGAACCCGCAGCAGGAUGCCAAGUUUCAGAAGGACGUGGCCCAGGUGCGCCGACGCCGGCGCGCCGCCCAGCGACAGGAAAAAGAAAAACUGACUCCUGGAGUAAUCUUUGUGGGCCACUUACCUCCAGCGCUUUAUGAGACCCAGAUCCAAGCAUAUUUCUCCCAGUUUGGCACUGUUACAAGAUACAAACUGUCCAGAAGUAAAAAGACUGGAAACAGCAAAGGCUAUGCCUUUGUGGAAUUUGAAUCUGAAGAUGUUGCCAAAAUAGUUGCAAAAACAAUGAACAACUACCUUUUUGGCGAAAGACUCUUAAAAUGUAACUUUAUACCUCCUGAACAAGUACAUGGAGAGCUUUUUAAAGAUUGGAACAUCCCAUUUCGACCCCCAUCAUUUCCAGCAGUGAAACGGUAUAAUCAGAAUCGGACACUUCUUCAAAAGCUACGGAUGGAGGAACGAUUUAAAAAAAAAGAACAGUUACUCAGGAAGAGAUUAGCUAAAAAAGGAAUUGAUUAUGAUUUUCCUUCAUUGAUUUUACAUAAAAAGGAAGCAGAUGCUUCAAAGCCUCGUCGUCGUAAGAGAACUACAAAGAGCCAGGUUUUACCUAAGAAGACAGAAGAAGUUUUGGACACUCCCAACACUCCUGAGAAGACUGUGGAUAGCCAGGGCCCCACACCAGUUUGUACUCCAACAUUUUUGGAGAAACGAAAAUCUGAAGUGGCUAAAAUGAAUGAUGAUGAUAAAGAUGAUGAAAUAGUUUUCAAGCAGCCCCUAGGUGCUGUAAAAGAAGAAACACCAGAAACGCAAACACCAACACGUUCUAAGAAAAAGAGGCGAAGAAAAAACAAUCAGUGAUUCUGAAAGUAUUAUGUAUGAUAUUUCUUGUAGAAAACAUGGUUUUAUUACGAUUUUUUGUAUUUUAGUUGGAUAGAGUGGAAUGAAACUUUGAUAGAUACUUUGAAAGAAAAACUAUUGGUUCAAGUCAGUAAGGACUCCAGUCAGUAACUGCCCUUGCUGAAAUAGAGGGUGCACACCAGCUUGCAGUAGCCAAACUCAAGCUGCCUCUUCAUCCUGGUGCCUUCUGCUUUUCUUUGCCUAUUUCAUAGCUGUCUUUAGUUACUCCACCUGGAUAGAAGGGUCACCAUUGAUUAUGGGUUUAAGCUCUAGAUACAGCCUUUGUUAAAUAAAACCUUGCCUGACCAACACAUGAUUCUCUGUUUUAGACUGUACACAUUUAACACAGGCGGGUUAGACUUGAAUAUCAGGUGGUUGAAACGAAGUUACACGGAGAGUGAGAAGCUAGUAUAAAUAUUAACACGGAUUUAUGUGUCUGUGACCAUUUCUACCAAUGUUCAACUUGUUAAUGUGAGGUUGCUAUGGAUGAAUAGCUACCAUUUUGUGUCAGUAAUUAUUCCAUUGAUGUGGAAUUGUAUUUCAAUAUUCAGUGAAUAGUAAAUAAACACCCACACAACUUACUGGUAUGCAAAUGGGACUUAGGUACCUUGUACGAUAGGUUUUUGCCUUCUCAGCUAUUCACUUUUCAACCUCAAAAUGUAGUUUUAUACUAGCUAAUUUAGAUUGAUUAAAAAUACUUAUUGCCACCAAAUACUUUUUCAUUCAGUAUUUGUUAAGUCUUUUAAUACAACGUACUGGGCUAUGUGUUCUGAUACGAAGUGGAAUUUAAGUGUAUGAAGAGUACGUUUUACCUCUAAAAUUACCUAAUGCCAAAUAUGCUCACUAUUUGUUGAAUGAAUAACAGAAUUGCCCCUCAACCCAUUUUGAACUUUAUGGAUCUGCUGUACCUUUGGUUUCCCCAUUUGGGAAAGCUUCAGGUAAGUUUAUCAAUACAGUUCUGUUUUGUCUUCUGGAGGGGCAAAAUAUAUAUAUUAAGAUGAGCUGAAUGUUCCCCUCCCUUGCCUACCAUCUGCCCACCCACCCUACUUCAGCAUAGUGCCAUCAUUAAUGUGUAGAUUUUUUUAAUGGACCUGGAGCUGUGAGGUGAUUUCAUCUUUAGUAUAUCAUGGCAGUGGAUAUUUUAUGAGGAAUAGAGUUGACAAAGAAUUUUUCUGUGAAGCAGAUUUUAAGAGAAUUGAAAGUAGUACAUGUUUGAUUUUCAGAUUUUCAAGGGGAAAAAUCAGGCUGGAAUCACCUCAGCCAAUAAAAGGAAAUGUUAGUAGUAAUAUGGAGCAAACAAGGUGAAUAGAGGGUACAAUUAAAAGUUGAACAGUCAGUAUGACCACAGCUACAUAAAAAUACAUUUUUUAAAAAAUGGAAGAUAAAAAUACUAAUGUAAAAGUAUAAGAAUGUUGCUAUUACAUUCUUUUUUCUAGAGGCAUGUCUUAUUUAUUUAUUUAUUAUUUGUUUGGUUGGUUGGUUUAUACAUGCACUGGGUACAGUCAGAAGC